AUGGCAGGUUUGGAGAGCGAGGAGACUUCACGGCCCGAGCAAGAGGAUCACAUACGUCGGACUCGGGUGCCAGACACUCGUGCUUGCUUUACCAGUCAAUCAAAAAAACGCUCAAACUCUCGUGCAAGAAGGAAAAAUCUGUUGUGGGCAGUUCUGCCCUUUACAUUAUGGUGGCUAAUCUAUAACUUUUACGGGGUGGUGGUGCCUGCCCAGCGUAGGCCGCCAGUCCAACAUCUGUGUUUUCUCCCCAAGUUGGAUCGGGCUUUGAUCCGUAUGCUGUCACUGUCAAGCGCCUUAGGAACACGUGCCUUGCAACUGAAUCGAAUGCAUGCACUGCAGAACACGGGCGACUCUGGAAAUGAAAUGAGCUGGGCUUUCAUCGAGCAGACUUCGCGAGACCGUCGUCCGUUCGCUACGAUCGAUCAGACUCGGUUGCUGGCACCAAACCAGAGUAGUGCAAUGUCGAUGCAGCUUUGGCUUUGCGGUUCGCGUCUGAAUGAUUCUACGGAAUCGCAGGGUCAUAUUUACACAGCGGAGUUGCUUGCUGCUUUCAUCUACAGUCUGCAUGCGUUUGUGCCAGCUGCCACGUUCCUCUUGUUGCUGUAUCUUGUUGCUGGCACAUCAAAGAAUCCCAGGAUGUCGGCGACAUCGCUGGAUCCCACGACCUGGACCGUUACUCUUGACUUGCUAUCUUCGUACGGUUGGCUGAACUUUAUAGCCAUUAUCCUGCACAUUGUAUGGCCAACGGCCCCGCCCUGGUUUGUUCUCCAGGAAACGGGUGCAUUCUGGCCAACAUCACAACAGUGUGCUGCAUCCACAAACGCAAAGUCCCGCAGAUGGUAUUCUCGGAGGCAAACAGGUUCGGCAGCGCGACUCGAAGCGAUCGACGAGUGGCUGGGGCUUCCUCUGUAUUCUACCCUUUUCAAACGGAACCUAUGGGUGUUCGCGGCGUUCCCAUCGCUGCAUGUUGCCACGGCCACCUGGAUGGCGAUCAAAUGUACUGAAUAUGCAAUACGGCAGCAUUCUCAGAGACGCUUCAUAACUUCCAUGACGCCCUGCCGCAAGUACGCGCUGAUGGCAAGCGCCUUCAAGGGGCAGUCGUUUGUUUCCGGGAAUCAAGCAGCAGGUGGCCAUAGAAGACGGGUUUUCUUCGCACUUGUCUCUGUUUCAUGGGCCUACGUGGUAUCGGUCUCCUGGGCGGCGGUUUUCCUUCGACACCACUAUGUCGUGGAUUGUCUCGCGGGGCUGGUCGAGGCUUUUCUCGCUGUUGGCUGCAGCAAGUGCUGCCGCCGCCAGAGUUGGUUGCCGCCCCAAAGUGAGCCGCGUUUGUGCGAAAACCGCUGUGAUUCUGGAAACUUCGACGCUAGAAGCUUCCGAACCCCUUCCCUGGAUCCCGAAACUGUCUCGUCUGGGGCACGGCCUACGCGUUCGCCGAGAAACGGUUCCAGGGGGCAGCGUUUCUCUUUCAACACAAGCAAGUCGGAGGACGCGUUGGCCGGUUGCGAAACUCAUACAGAUUUUUCCGCCCAAGUGAGGGCAAAAAAGCAAAGCACUCAAGGUUGA